ACAAUAAUACACUUCUUUAGGGAGCUACCAAAGCAUCAAAAUCCACGAAAACCAUUGUAAGCUUUCGGCCAUGUUUUCUAAAUAUCUAACGUGGUUUCUCCUGAUGAGAAUUGCAGCUUCUGAAGGCGAUGACUAUUUCAUUUACAACGGAUUCCACGGUGCUAAUUUGAGCCUGGACGGUGCGGCGGAUAUCACGUCUGAUGGCGUCCUCCGGCUCACCAAUUCCACAGAUCAAAAGGGCCUUGCUUUCCACCCCAUUCCCCUUCGAUUCAAAUCUUCACACGGUGAAACUCAAUCUUUCUCUACCAAUUUCGUCUUUUCAAUCUUGCACCACUAUCCGAAUUUGAGUGGCUGUGGGGCCAUCUUCGUGAUCUCACCUUCAAAAAAGUUUCUAGAAGGUAAAGUGGGCAAAUACAUGGGCAUCUUCAAUGAGAUGAACAAUGGAAAUUUGUCAAAUCACAUAGCUGCCAUCGAGCUUGACACAGUCAAUAAUCCAGAAUUCAAUGAUAUCAAUAACAACCAUGUUGGAAUCGACAUCAAUGGCUUAGAUUCCAUCAUGUCCGCACCAGCAUCUUACUUUAGUAAUAUAAGCCACAGGUUUGAGAAUCUAAGCCUUAUAAGCGGAGACCUGAUGCAUAUUUGGGUAGAAUACAAUGGUCUCCAAAACCAACUCAAUGUAACAUUAUCUCCUAUUGGCUUACCUAAACCUGAUAUUCCACUCUUGUCAAAGAUGGUGGAUCUUUCAUCGAUUGUGUUAGAUAACAUGUACAUAGGUUUCUCUUCUUCAACCAAGCUGUUUCAAUCAUAUCAUUACAUCUUGGGAUGGAGUUUUAAGAUGAAUGGUCAAGCUCAGGCCCUUGAUCUCUCACGCCUUCCUAAGCUUCCACGGAUCAGACGCAAAAAGAAAUCGAAGCUUUUAACAAUUGGGUUACCUGUAAUUAUACUACUUUUCACGUUAACGGCCAUCUCGGCCAUCGGACUCAUCUUGAUAAGGAAAAUCAAGUUCGCAGAAAUUCUAGAGGACUGGGAACGUGAAUUCGGGCCGCACCGGUUCUCAUACAAGGAUCUAUUCACGGCGACGAAGGGCUUCAAGGAGAAAGAGCUUCUUGGGGUCGGGGGUUUUGGAAGGGUUUACCGAGGAGUUUUACCGGCUUCAAAGAUUGAAGUGGCUGUGAAGAGAGUCUCUCAUGAAUCUCGACAAGGGAUGCGUGAAUUCAUAUCUGAGAUCGUGAGUCUGGGCCGUCUUCGUCACCGGAACUUGGUGCAACUUCUCGGCUAUUGCCGGCGAAAGAAAGAGCUCCUACUGGUCUAUGAUUUCAUGCCCAAUGGAAGUCUGGACAAGUUCCUCUUUGACCAUCCAAAUUCAAUGCUGACAUGGAUUCAAAGGUUUCGGAUAAUCAAAGGAGUAGCUUCAGGGCUUCUCUACUUACAUGAGGAAUGGGAGCAGGUGGUUCUUCACAGAGACAUCAAAGCCAGUAAUGUUUUAUUAGAUGGGGAGAUGAACGGUAGAUUAGGUGACUUCGGACUUGCAAGAUUGUACGAUCAUGGGACCGAUCCACGGACGACCAACAUGGUGGGGACCUUCGGAUAUCUUGCACCGGAGCUGACUAGGACUGGGAAGGCCACCACAAGCACUGAUGUGUUUGCAUUUGGAGCUUUCAUGCUCGAGGUUGCUUCUGGGAGGAGGCCCAUCAAUCCCAAGUCGUCAGAGGAUGACGUGAUUUUGGUCGAAUGGGUGUCGGAAUGGUGGAGGAGAGGGACGAUACUGGCAGCGGCAGAUCCAAAACUGGGAGAUGAGUAUGAGGUAGAGGAGAUGGAGUUGGUGCUAAAGCUUGGAUUGCUGUGUUCGCAUCCGUUGUCGACCAUAAGGCCGAGCAUGCGGCAAGUAAUGCAGUUUUUGGACCACGAGCUGAUCUCAUCGGACGGUUUGGGUGCGUCGAUCCUGGAGUUGGGUCAUUAUAAAGGGUCCGAUGAUCUACUGUUAUCAUAUCCUUCUUCUUUAGCACAGGGGUUCGAAAGCACAUCAUCGGUCUCAGGAUCGGUACUGUCCGGUGGUCGUUGAUGGACGAUGGUAGGAACUAGGAAGUUACAUGAUGGUGUGAGUUUUGCUAUCCUUUCAUGAACCAGUAGCAUUGCUAGGAGGCUGGAAAAGGAGAGAGCGACGUUAACCAUAAAGCAAUGACGCGACUAGUUAAAGGAAGCUUCGCGGGGGAGGUGGUACGCUUUCUUUGCCUUCCUCUUUUUUAUUAUUUUAUUAUUAUUUUUCUUUUCUUUUAAAUAAGAGGAAACCACGAUCCGUAGAUUUCAUAAAUGCAAGGCUUGUAGUAUGAAUUUGAAAUCUGAAUCUAUAGUUGGAAUAUGAACCUCGAGAACCAGUGAAUGUAAAAUAACUGGUCUGUUAACUAAAGUCUCACAUGUUUGAAAUACGUUAAUUUGACAUAUUUACCCAUGAUUGAAUC